UUUGUCGUAGGUACUGAAUGUUGAAUUCAAGUGCACAUCUCUGCAGGCCAAUGGGAAGAGAAGUGUCUAAUUUAAUUUUGUAAAUCAUCUGUUUGCUUUGCGAUAAAUGGCUAUUUAAACGGACGAGAAAAGAUAUAAGCUGCGAUUCAAGAAAUUCCAUGGCAGAGAAACUCACCAUUAUAUGGUUAUAAAAAGCAAGAAAAUAAAACACAUAAAACAGAAGAAAGAUUAUUGAGUAUCGUGCACACGUCUGUUUAUCUCUAUAAGAUGCACGCAGUAUACAUAGUGGUGAUCACAGCAAGCUUCUAUUUGUUGAGCAUCUUAGCUCUAGAAACACUGAAAAAGGCGUAUGGCGGGAAAUUCGCUUGGCAGAAAUAUGACGCUUUUGAUGAAGUCAACGAUUGGAUAAUUGCUGUGGAUCCAGAAAACUGUCGGUCUAAGUCCAGGGACGAGCUGUUGUUAAGGACAGACACGGUGUCCCAAAUCCCCAAAUACAAUCGUAUGCUCUCCACGGUGUGGUAUAAAAACCGGACGUCGCUCGUUCAUCUUCACAACAUGGCGCUGAACCGCGCCUUCUUCUACAGCUACAUCUUACAGAAGAUGAACGACACCCACUCCUACCGCCUCAGCCCCAACUGGAUGUACAUGUACAUGUCUACCACGGCAGACGUCAACGCCAACCCCAACAUGAUCAACGGCAGCGCCAUCUACUUCGACACCAACUGCAGCUACCCCAACUGGUACACCACGAUGCCCUUUAAUAGAACGCUUAACCUGUUUGCACCGAAGGCGUGGAGGUGGGAUGAUUACAACGACCAGGACAACUACCUUAGAGAACCCACGAAAAAGGUCGUCAUGGUAACGGAUAUGGGGGCAGGGCGUAGCGCCAAUUAUACACAUCCGGGCUACAAGGUGAAUCCUUGGUACACAAAAUGGCUUCCUGAUGUGGCAGCUGAUGCGGAUUCAUUAACAAAAUUCACAUACACAAUCGGCAUAAAGUAUUCUAACGAAACGGGACGAUUCACCCAUCAAGCAUUUCUCAAUUCUCAUUUCUUUGGUCCAUCGUCUCCAAGCCAAUCGGAGAAGGACGACCGGAUGCUUCCGGUUCAGUUCACGCAGCCGUACUUCGACUGCAGCGCCGCCAAGAAAUGGGUGCUGAGUGCCGUGUCUCCAGUUGUAGACUACAUGCCUCGCUACUCCAACUGGACGCAUCUCCGUCGACAGAGGUAAGUUACCGGAUACUCGAGGUGAGGGUAGAUUAUAAGAAACUUGUAUUAUCAAGUUCACUUCAAGGGGAAUAGAUGCUAGACCUCUUAAUUAGCCUAAAAUGUGGACGUAGGGUGGGUGCAGUGAAAACAAAAGAAUCAUGUCACGGUAAUAUAUUUUCUCUCAUCCUCAGGUAUAUAUGACACAGCUACCCCGUGAAAGAAAGCUAUGUAAGAAAUAGAGAAUAAUACAUGAGUUUCCUGUUUGAUACCAUUUAUCUUACAACAACGAGUUGUAAGAUAAAUGGUAUCAAACGGACAUGAAUGUAGCAUUCUAUUUCUUACAUACCUCGAAACAAUGAAAAUGUAAACAGUAUAUUGAACUAAAUUAUGUUGUUAUAGAACGUAGCCUAACUGGGUCAUGGCGUAUGGAUACUUGACUUUAAGCAUACAUACCACGUCAUAAACAAAUCACUACUGUACUAAAAGAUCCGUUUUCCUUACAAAAAAUAGAGCACUCUAAAACAUUUGCCAACCACUCGGAAAAAGAAAUUGAUGAGAAGCGAGCAUUUUAAUGUGGCGAAGCAUUGUAAUAAUACAGCUAGUUUUGAAUUUGAAUGACGUCAGUAUUCCAUCGACGUCACUUUACAUCUCCUUACAACAACACU